GACAAUUCUCUGCCACCUUCUUCGGUUCACAAAUCUGUUUCAUUUAUUUCUCUCUCUCUGGUCGGUUCUAGGUUCUCUCUCCUCUCCGCGCUCAUAUCCUCUGAACUGGAAGAGGGUUUGUGCUGCAACCUCUAGGGUUUGACCAUAGCGGAAGGACCAACCUCGGAGCUUCGAAUUCUUUACGCUAUUGGUCAAUUCGAAGCUUCGAGUUACAUUAAUCUAUUCCAAAUUGGUACUUCUCCGUAUAAUUUUGAUACCUCACGGUUUUCGGAGUCUCAUCAAUGCGGGUAUAGCUGUAAUUUGAGAAAUAUUUUUCUUUCUGUUUGAUCCAUUUCCCAGAAAUUAGGAAAAAAAACGAAAAGGAGUAACUAAGAGGAACAAAACUGAGAACAAUGACGCAGAAAAUUCAGCUCAAGAAGGACUCAAGAGAGUUGGAGUUUUUCACUGAGUAUGGGGAAACCAACAGAUACAAGAUUCUUGAGAUUAUUGGAAAGGGUAGCUAUGGAGUUGUUUGUGCAGCAAUUGACACACAUACUGGGGAAAAGGUUGCAAUAAAGAAGAUUGAGGAUGCCUUUGAGCAUAUCUCUGAUGCCAUUAGAAUCCUCCGAGAAGUCAAGUUGCUAAGACUUUUAAGACACCCUGAUAUUGUUGAUAUUAAAAGGAUCAUGUUGCCACCGUCAAAGAGAGAGUUUAAAGAUAUUUAUGUGGUCUUUGAGCUCAUGGAGUCUGAUCUCCAUCAAGUCAUCAAAGCUAAUGAUGACUUGAGUCGUGAACACCAUCAGUUUUUUCUUUAUCAAAUGCUUCGUGCAUUGAAGUAUAUGCAUUCGGCUAAUGUGUACCACAGAGAUCUUAAGCCCAAGAAUAUAUUGGCAAACUCAAACUGCAAACUCAAAGUCUGUGAUUUUGGACUUGCAAGAGUUGCAUUUAAUGAUGCCCCAACAUCAAUAUUUUGGACGGAUUAUGUUGCUACAAGAUGGUAUAGAGCCCCAGAGUUGUGUGGAUCAUUUUCUUCUAAGUACACACCAGCAAUUGAUAUAUGGAGCAUUGGAUGCAUUUUUGCUGAGGUGCUGUUGGGAAAGCCAUUGUUUCCUGGUAAAAGUGUUGUGCAUCAGUUAGAUUUGAUUACUGACCUUCUUGGGACACCAUUGCCUGAAACUAUUACAGGAGUUAGAAACGACAAUGCAAGGAAGUACUUGGCGGGAAUGCGGAAGAAGCUUCCUGUGCCAUUUGAACAGAAAUUCCCAAAUGCGGAUCCGUUGGCACUUCGUCUUUUGCAAAGGCUUCUUGCAUUUGAUCCAAAGAAUCGGCCAACUGCCGAAGAGGCACUGGCUGACCCUUACUUCAAAGGUUUGGCAAAGGUUGAGAGGGAACCUUCAUGUAAGCCAAUUUCAAAAUUGGAAUUUGAGUUCGAGAGGAGACGGAUAACAAAGGACGAUGUUAGAGAACUUAUAUAUCGUGAAAUACUGGAAUAUCAUCCUCAACUAUUCAAAGAUUACAUGAAUGGAACUGAAGGCGCCAAUUUCCUCUAUCCUAGUGCAAUAGAUCAAUUAAGAAAGCAAUUUGCUUACCUUGAGGAAAAUGAUGGUAAAAGUGGGUCAGUGCUUCCUCCUGAAAGAAAGCAUGUCUCUCUUCCAAGGUCCACUGUUUACUCUGGUUCAAUUCUUCCCAGUAACCAGCGAACCCCUGCUUUGUAUGAGAAAAAGAAAAUGGUAGAAGAGACAUCUAAGAGUUGGGGAGCAGCAGGAGAAAAUUCUAGAAAUCAAUUAAGGGGUGUACAACCUCCACCACGGGUGCCAGCUAAACCAGGGAGAGUUGUAGGCCCAGUUCUACACUAUGAAGAUGAGAGAAUCACAAAAUCCUCUAACGACCCAAGGAUAGUUAUCCAAAAUACUACUCAAGCAGUCUCGAGCCGUGAUGCCUUUCAAACCCAUCCCCCAAACACAAAGACUACUUCAGGUAUACACAAGGAACAAGGCAAGAAUGAAUUCCCAUCCCUGCAGUCCAACUUACAUGCCACAGCAACCACUGAUUUGAACAAUAACCCAUAUCGCCGGCGAGUCAUUAACAAUAACCUAAACGAUCCUGUAACAACUAUUGAUGCAAAAAUGCUGCAGGCACAAUCCCAUCUUGGUGUAGUUGGUGCUGCAGCAGUAGCUGUUGCCACGCACAGUCACAGGUAUUCAAGAGGCAUUCAGUAUGGGUUGUUCUAGGCUUUUGGAGGUCAUGUUAGUGAAACCUUCUAUGCUAGUACAGCCCAGAGUUGGAGUGAAGGAGGGCUAUUAAUCUUAGAAGGGUUUAGGUUUUCAUUAUUUACUUCAGAUUACCAUCCUUGUAAUUAUACGUACAACAUUCAAUUGAUUAAUAAAGAAAAUUAAUUGUUUCUCACCUUGUUUCAACGGUCGUUGCUUGCCAAGUGUGUUGCUGCUUGGAUUAUCUGACUGUAUACAUUCUAGAUCUGGCUUUUUUACAUUAAGAAAUCCCAAGCAAAAUGUAAUUUUCUUUUC